GCUCGGCGUGGCCGCUUGGUGCCUAGGCGUCUUUCAUUCUCACAGCGGUUUCCCGGCUGCUUCGAGCCGUCUCCGCGACUCCACCGCCUCCCUCGCCGUGAGAUGGGCUCCUCUGAGGGGGAGCAGGUGGACUUGGACGAAGCUGGUCGGCUCCGCUCGCUCUUCCUGGCCUGCGACGUGAAUGGCUCCGGCCGGAUCGAGCGCGACGACUUCGGCUCGCUCUGCGCCGAGCUGCGUGUCCGGCCGGUGGAAGCCGAGGCGAUCUUUCAGCGCCUGGACGCUGACCGCGACGGCGCCAUCACCUUCCACGAGUUUGUCCGCGGGUUUCGCGGCGCCACUCAAUCGCAGAGGCGGCGAAAAGACAGCGGGGAGCUCCCCGAGAAGGACGACGACGCAUUUGGUGGCUUCGUCGGGGUGGCUGCGGAAUCUGCGGUGGGUCCCAGCCAGGCCUGGCGGGAAUUUGAGCUCCGGCUCGGGGAGGAGGCGGGCUACAUUCCCAGGCAAGAGCAGGUCAGCAUUCUGUAUCAGAACAUCAAUAUAGUGGAACCACGAUUAAUUCAACCAUAUGAAGAUGUUAUUAAGAACUUUAUUAGAGAGAUCAAGCUGCAGAGUACAGAAAUGGAGAACUUGGCCAUAGCUGUAAAAAGAGCACAAGAUAAAGCAGCUAUGCAACUUGGUGAACUAGAAGAGGAGAUGGAGCAUCGCAUAAAGGCUACAGAACAUAAAACCAAGAAGGAGGAGAAGAGGAAAGCAGAAGAAGCUUUGAAUGAUCUCAAGCGCCAGUGUGAAGCUGAAGUGGGUGAUCUCCAAGUGACAAUAAAAAAAUUAAAAAUGCUGGAGGAACAAUCUAAAAACAUUAAUCACAAAGAAGAUUUGGAAGUGCUAAAAAGGAGGAUACAUGAUUUGACCUUGGAAAACCAGAAACUUAAAAAAGAUCUUAUGGAAGCACAGACAAAUAUAGCUUUCCUUCAGAGUGAAUUAGAUACUUUGAAAAGUGAUAUUGCAGAUCAAAGUAUGAAUUCAGAAAGAGAUCUAGACAUGAUCAGAGAGUACACUGAAGACAGAGAUAGCUUGGAGAGACAGAUAGUGAUACUACAGUCAGCUAACAGGAAACUACAUGACAGUAAUGAUGGCUUAAGAAGUGCAUUAGAGAAUAGCUGGAGCUUAUACAACAGAUCACUGCGUCUAACAAAUACUUCCCCUGGAAACACAAUGUCCAGAGGCAGUCCCAAGUGUGGUGGUGGCCAUUCUCCCCAAAAUCCACAAUAUGACAGGCUAUCUCAUUCAUCCUAUGUGGAUGAAGACUAUGAUUCCCUCGCACUUUGUGAUCCAAUGCAGAGGAUAAACUGUGAAGUUGACAGCUUGCCUGAAAGCUGCUUUGAUAGUGGUUUGUCUACAUUAAGGGACUCAAAUGAAUAUGAUUCAGAAGUGGAAUCCAAGCAUCAAAGAGCAUCUCAGAGAACACAGGGUCUGCAGGAAAGCUUCACGGGUGAUGCUUCUGAUACAGACGUCCCAGAUAUACGAGAUGAAGAGGUAUACAGUCCUCAUGAUGUAAGUACAGUAUUGGAUUGGAAGCCCCACCAGCCAGUCAGUCGAAGCAGUUCUGGAGCUUCAACAAGGAAACACAUCCCUGCCAUCUCUCCACAGGUUGAUUCCAAAGACUGCAACUUCAGAUACCCAAGUUCAGAGAAGGCUUAUAAGAUCGUUCUUGCUGGGGAUGCAGCUGUUGGAAAAUCUAGUUUUCUUUUGAGACUUUGCAAAAAUGAAUUUCGAGGGAACACCAGUGCAACUCUUGGGGUUGACUUUCAAAUGAAGAGACUCAUUGUUGAUGGAGAACCUACGGUGCUACAGCUUUGGGAUACAGCUGGUCAAGAGAGGUUCCGAAGUAUUGCUAAGUCUUACUUCAGAAGAGCAGAUGGAGUGCUUUUGCUGUAUGAUGUUACCUGUGAAAAAAGCUUUCUUAAUGUACGAGAAUGGGUGGAUAUGAUAGCGGAUGCAACACAUGAAAGUAUCCCAAUCAUGAUGGUGGGAAACAAAUCAGAUCUUCGUCUAAUGGCUUCUGAACAAGGACUGAAAUGUGUACCUCUCAGCUAUGGAGAAAAGUUGGCCAUGGCUUACAGUGCACUAUUUUGUGAAACAAGUGCUAAAGAUGGCUCUAAUAUUAUUGAGGCAGUGCUUCAUCUUGCUCGAGAAGUGCGAAAAAGAAGCGAUAGCAAAGAUGAUGAUAAGUCGGUCACUAAACUGGCUGGGACAACACUAAAGAAGUCUUCACUCACCAAAAACUGCUGCAAUGUUUAGAGAAUUAACUCCUUGGCCCUAAAGAAACAGACUUUUGUGGCAGUGGAAGAGGAAAAAAUGAACAGCAUAGGUUGUACCAGAUGAUCAGCAGAAGGGAAGUAACUUUUCAGCCACCAGGCCCAUAAAGAGUGUUUAAGCAGAAAUAGGUAUCUUGCUCAUUGAACAAAGCCAAGACAAAAAGUAUAAAAUUCUAGUUCAUCGGUGGGAUCACUCACUUCUUCAUUUAUGUAGUUAAGAUCAUUCCACCUCAAAUCAGCUGUGCCUUCAUAAGCCAACUUGCCUGGAUAAAAAUAGAUCCCCCCCAAACAUCAUACUGUAUUUAUAUAAAUAAAUGUUACCUUUUUUAAAAACGUGGGAGAUCUACAGCCCAUUCUCUGCCUUGCAUCAUGAAGACAUUUGUGAUUCUUCAUCAAUAAUCUUAAAACUUGUGCAGUGCUUGUUUUGAAGGAUUUUCUGGAACAUUGAACUUUUCCAUACUGUGCAGCUUUGAGAUCCCAGAAAAAGUAGUGAUUUGAGAACUGAACCUGAAUAGGAAAGAAAAAUAUAAUUAUCUAGAACUAAACAAAAAAUGUGCCCCUUCUGAUGCUGAAUUCAGAAUGCUGUUGCUGGUAUUUUUAAGAUCUCUGGGUGGAAUGUAUAUAACACGGAUGGCUUCUUUAUCCAUCAGAUGCCCUCCUGGUAUGUUGGGACUAUAACUCCAUGCUCCUUUGAAAUACUAGAAGUUGAAGUCCCAGCACUUCUGGGGGAUGCUACGUGGGGAUUGGCUAUUAUAAAAUUUAGUGGUUAAAGAUAACCCAGAGAUCACUUUAGUUGUAAAUAUUGUUGCAGGGCUAUACCAUUUCAGACAACUUAGCAAGGCAGAAAGAAAGCUGGGCUAGAAGAUUUUGCCCUGAUGUUUAAUUUUGU